CAGCCCUACCCCAUCUCGCUCCCUGAAGAUCUCCGCUCUAUAACCGUGCGGCGCGAGCUGCUCGCGAAGCGGUACGGGGGCAGCUCGAUGGACACCUUCCCUGGCCCAAGCGCAGAGAAGCUCGCACAGCACGGCCGCGGAAACCUCAUGUGCAUCAAUCUCCUCUGGAACCCGCACGCGCCACAAGUUCCCGGGCAUGCCGGCCUCUACUUCGACACGAUCCUCCCCGGGGAUCCGUGGACGGCGCGCAAGGGCCACUCGGAGCGCCAGACCCUGUUUGUAAAGAUCAAGACCGGAAAGUGGCUGUAUCUGGGCGAGUAUGAGGCACAUCCUGCGCCGUUGCUGACGGUGGCACAGUGGCACGGUCUUGCAGACGCAGUUCGUGGGGUGUGGACGAAGAACAUCUCCGAGAAGGAUUGGGGAAGGACUCUUCGGGCACGCAUACACCUCCGUCGUACUCUGGGACGCGAGCCCACUCGGGCGGAGGUCGAUAGUGCGGACGGCCUGUUUAAGCAUGUCACUCGUGAGCAAGUCAACAACGCACUCGGGGCCGGGCAUGAGUGCAUCCGGGCGUGGUCCAUGAAGUGCAUUGGCUACGACGAAGACUUUCAACGAGAGGUC